CUCCCUCUCUCCUCAGAUGGGUGCCGCCGGGCCCCGGUCGCCGUCCGGUGGUCUCCAAUACUCCAUGCAGGAGUUCUGUCGCACCUCCUCUGCCCACGGCUUGGGUCACCUGCCCAACAGCUCGGGCCGCGCGCGGUACACCUGGCUGCUGAUCGUUCUGGUCCUGCUGGUGGCGCUGGUUUAUAAUGUCAGCGUCAGCAUCUACAGGGAGGUGGUCGUGCAGCCCAUCAGGACGGAAAACACCUGGGUAACCACCAGUGAGCCGAUGCCGCUGCCUCGGACCACCCUCUGCGAUCUGUCGGUGUUCCGUCAGCCUCGUUUGGACGCCAGAAAUGUCAGCAGAGAAUUGGCCAGCUACCUGGCCUCGUCACUCGGCGGCGAAGCGUUCACGGCUCCGUGGUUUCUGGAGGAUGCUGAGAGACAGUCCCGCUUGGAGGCUGAAUACGAAUCCAUUUUAGAGCCGGGUGAAAACUACACCGAUCUAAUAGAUUCACUCUCUCCGAGCUGUUCUGACGUCAUCAAGUCAUGUCAGCUGGCCACGAUCGCCGUGCCUGGCGAGGAAUGCUGCCAAAAAUACUUCACCGCCGUCUACACCAUUCGCGGAAAGUGCUUCCAGAUGGCAGAUUUCACCCAGGAAGCCGACGGGAAGCAGCACGGUCUGCUCUUCACUCUCUCCCUUCCUCCUGCCGAGUUCCCCACCCUGGACCGCUCGCUAGUCGGCGGCUGUCUCAACACACGACUCGGUAUGGAAAUUCUACUGGACGACCCGCAUCGGCUACCGCAUGUGCGAGUCUAUACACACUCGGUGGCAGUGUCGGCGCCCGGGGUUUUGGAGCUGAGGGUUACCCGGGAGACCUCUGACCGGCAUGGUUUGCUGAACUCGGUGUUUCCACCUCGACACCGGUGUGCCGCGUCCAACGGCACAUCUCUUCCCGAAUCGGUGGACAACUGCCCCGUCCUUCAACUAGCCGAGACCAUCCGCCUCACAUGCGGCUGCUAUUGGCUGAGUCUGCCCGUUACCACCAACGACACCGGCACGCCCAUCUGCUCCCCUCUGCAGGCGUUCAGCUGCGCGAUCCCGCUGCAGAUGAAUCAGUCCAGAACCGGCUGCCACUCCGCCUGUCGGGAGGACGAUUUUCAGACGGACGUCAUCGUCAACAAGCUCAGCCCCAUGGCCGAGGCGAUCGGGAUGAGGCGCGGCGUCCCCCCGGACGGCCUGUUGUUUCUGAAGGUGUAUUUCAAGACGCUGCAGUACCGCCUAGUGCGACACUGGUGUCAGACUGGCUCCGAACUACUGGCUGAGCUCGGCGGACACAUGGGAAUAUUCCUCGGCGUCAGCGUGGUCACUCUCUGUGAGGCGGUGGCGGCCAUCGGGAGCUGUGUCGCAGGGGUCUGUCGAGCACGACGCGUCGAUAGCGAUGAAGACGUGCGGCAGCGGCAGGCCGACAGCGGUGAGCGCGGCGCCGAGCCGUGGGGGACGAAGACGCACGCGAUGCCCGUUGCUUUCAGGGCGUAUAGUCCGUCCGGUGAGCUGGUACCAAUGGCCGCGGCUUACUACCCUCCUCCGCCGGAGAAAAUCGUGCGGUCGUCUCUUCAGAAUUAGAUCAUACAUAUUUUUCUGAUAGGAAAAUAAUGCAGUCAAAGGUAUGUUCAAAAGUAGAUCAAAUAUUUGUUAUCAAGUGUAAUAAAUACCUGCUGCUCAACGUCAAACAUCUUGAUUGA